AUGACUAUUGCUUUAACAAUCGGAGGAAACGGGUUCUCGGGUCUAUCCGGAUCUUCGUUUUCAUCAUCUUCUUCAUCGUUUCGGUUAAAGAACAGCAGAAGAAAGAACACGAAGAUGCUUAACAGAGCAGGAAUCGUCUGUUCUUCAUCUUCUGUGAUGGAUCCGUAUAAGACACUUAAGAUCAGACCCGAUUCGUCAGAAUACGAGGUCAAGCAAGCUUUCAGACAACUCGCCAAAAAGUAUCAUCCUGAUGUUUGUAGAGGAAGCAACUGCGGAGUGCAGUUUCAGACAAUCAACGAAGCGUACGAUAUUGUGUUGAAGCAAAUAAAGAAUCAGAUGGAGGGAACGGAGGAAUUUGAGCCAUUCGAUGUGUAUGAAGAGGGAUUCAACGGAAUGAAUGAUCCAGAUUGUGACACGUGGGAAGAAUGGAUGGGAUGGGAAGGUGCAGGAACCAGAGACUACUCCUCUCACAUCAAUCCCUACGCUUAA